GUCGCUCGUGUGGGACCACGGUGCGCUCACAGGAUGGAGGGGGCGGGGCUUGGGCGCGCUCCGAGUGUAGCCGAGUGUAGCCGACAAUCUCCGGAAGUGAGACCAGUGUAAUGUACAGCAGUGACGAUUGCGGCGGCUCCUUAACGUUAUCUCACACACAAGCUUUUUUUUUUUAGUGCUUGGUUACACAUCUUCCCAUCAGUUCAACUCGUUUCCUCCCACACCAUGUCUGUUUUGUGUUAUAAUAAGGGAUGUGGACAGCGGUUUGAUCCAGAAAACAACCCAGACGAUGUCUGCACGUAUCAUCCAGGAGUCCCGGUGUUCCACGACGCACUGAAGGGAUGGUCCUGCUGCAAGAGAAGAACUACUGAUUUCUCAGACUUCCUCAGCAUUGUUGGCUGCACAAAAGGUCCCCACAACAAAGAGAAGCCCCCUGAGCCGGUGAAACCAGAUGUGACAUCAUCGGGAGAAAAGAAAGAAGGAGACGACCAAAAACCAAAGUUUAACGAGUACAUUAUCUCAGCACCAAAGCCUCAGGAGGCGAUAAGCAGACCAAGCGCUGAUGAGCCGAUGGUGAGAAUGCAGCAUAAAGUCUCUGGUUCUCUGAAGCAGGCUCUGGAGAAACUGAAACUUUCUGAAAAUGCAGCAGACAAGAAAGAGGAAGAUGGUGACGAGAUCAAGAUCGGAACGUCCUGUAAAAAUGGAGGAUGUACUACAAGUUUUGAUGGACCUGCGAGCGAUUCGGAUGUGUGCUCGUACCACUCUGGAUUUCCUAUCUUCCAUGAGGGGAUGAAAUACUGGAGCUGUUGUAAGAGGAAAACCUCUGACUUUAACACCUUCCUCUCUCAAGAGGGCUGCACCAAGGGAUCACAUCUAUGGAGGAAAAAGGAUGCGGGUAACAAAGUGGUUCCAUGUCGGUUUGACUGGCAUCAGACCGGCACGCAGGUCAUCAUCUCUAUCUACGCCAAGAACGGCGUUCCGGAGCUAAGCUACGUGGAUGCAAACAGCACUACGCUCAACAUCCAUGUUAUAUUUGAAGGAGAGAAGGAAUUUGAGCAGAAAAUCAGCUUGUGGGGGGUGAUUGAUGUCAGUAAAAGUAUAGUGAACAUGAUGGCCGCCAAGAUUGAGGUCGCCAUGAAGAAGUCCGAGGCCAUGUCAUGGGCUCGCCUGGACCUCCCCCCUCCCGUCCCCCCACCCAAGGAGAGCGAGAAGAAAGAAGAGGAAGUUGAUAGCGAGAACGAAGAUGAAUGAUGAGGAAUGAAAAUAAAAACAUAGUGUUUAUUUUUAGCUGAAUUCAAGGCCACACAGUCCAUUCCUUACCUCUCUAAAGAGUUGACUCUUUGCUGUCAUGAAACUUUGGCCUCUACUCUUCAACUGUUUCCCCUUUCAUUCCUACCAGUCAACAUUGUUCAUGUUGCUUGUUCUUCUGAGGUUUCAGUCCUUUUUUUAUUGAUCAUUAUAUAAAUGAAAAAAGAAAGAAUCUUCAAGUGUUUUUACAAUGUUUUUUUUUCACUAAAGUACUGUAUGAUAACAAGGGGAACACUGACUUUUCCUAGACUUUCAAGUUAAAGGUGACAAACCCGUUAAUUGCACUGAAAUCGCCUGGAAACUAACACCACACUAUAAGAUGGGAGUCAGGUGUGACCAUGCAGGUCACGUGAUGGACCACAGUUUAUCUUUCAACAGUGUUUGGGAAGAAUCAUUCCAUCCUCUGCUUUCAUAAAUUGUAUAAAUUAUUGCUUUUUUUUUUUCUUUUUUUUUGUUCCCACAUGGAUCACAUCAGUCAAACGUUGUCUUCACAGAUAUACACUCAUGAUAAUGAAGUUGCUCUGUGUAGUUUGAAAUUUGGAUCUCUAAAAAUGUCCACACUUGUAUCAUAUGGAGUUUAUUCUGAAUAAACUGUUAAAAUAAAUACUAUACUUCCUUGG